AGCGAUCAUGACUUUGCCGAGGUCAUCGACUUUGCCGCAGAAUGCAACAGUGCCACGGAGCCCUCAGACUACAUCUCUCCAUCUACCUGCCAACUUCCAGAUCCCACAAGGUUUGUGAUGAGGUUGCAGGUAGUGUUGCCUUAAGGGUGUCUCUAAUGUGUCUUUUGGCAAGUGCUUCAUCUUGCCUUUGUUUGUUUGUUUGCGUGUUUGUCUAGGUAUGGUUUUAAUACGCAGUGACAGUGGGCAGUUAAUGUUGGUUUCCCAGCAGGCUUUGGCUCAAGCACAGGCUCAGGGCUUAGUGCAAAAAUCAUCCAAUGUCACUACAACUGUAAGACCACAAGCCUCCCAGCCAACAGCCACGUCUAUCAUCAGAGUCUCUCUCCCAUCUUCAUCUGCAACGGUCGCCACCUUAGUAAAACCUGCCUCCUCGUCAGGAAAGGCUGUUCUGAUGCCCAGCUCCACCAUGGGCACUGCCAUAAUCAACGCCACCACUACAGGAAGCACUAUUAUUAAACCCCCCUCAGUGUUGGGGACAGGCCUAAAGGCAAGCUCCAUCACAGGGCCCACUGUCAUUAAAGCUACCUCUGCUCAGAAACCUCCGAUAAGCACUGCAACAGGGACCAUAAGCCAAAGGACCAUCGCUGGCACUAAUGUUGCUUCUACAUCUGUAGUGAAGGUAGGCGUCGUUGGCAGUGGCCCUCGAAAUAUCUCCCCGAAUAUUCCCAUCAAAGCCAGCAACAGCAAAGUGUCCACCCCGGUCACCGUCACAGCCGAGAAGUUGGAGAAUGUAAAGAAAUGUAAAAACUUUCUGAUCACGCUAAUGAAGCUGGCAUCGAGUGGGACCCGCUCGCCUGACAUGGCACAGAAUGUUCGAGCUCUGGUCAAAGACCUGCUGGAUGGACGACUGGAAGCUGAGGAGUUCACUGAAAAACUUUACAUAGAGCUGAAAUCAUCCCCACAACCGUACCUGGUGCCCUUUCUUAAAAGAAGCCUUCCUGCUGUGCGUCAACUCACCCCAAACUCACAACUGUUCAUCCAGCAGUGUGAGCAGCCCAAAGCCUCCUCUUCAUCCAUAAUCAGCAGCAGCACCCAGAAACUUAGCCGUUCUUCUUCCACUACCAUUUCUCAGCCUGUCCGAGGCAGUGUACCAGCCAGACCCCCUCAAAUGGUGAUCCAGCAAACCAAAGGAGUGAUUGUGGAGCAGCGUGUGACAACCUCACCUCGUGUUGUGUUGCCAGUGCAGAACCACACACAGCCCAAGCAGCCAGUCAUUCAGACCAACACACAGGCAGCAGCUGGAGGUUUUAAGAGGCAAUAUUCUCUCCAGGCAUCUAAAACCCCCCCUGGAUCAACUCAAGCAGCACAAACACAAAAUUUCAAGGACAGCACCUCAGGCUCAUUCCGUGAUGAUGAUGACCUAAAUGACGUGGCGUCCAUGGCGGGUGUUAAUGUGAACGAGGAGAACGCUCGCAUUUUGGCAUCCAGUUCAGAGCUGGUGGGAACAGUGGUGCACUCAUGCAGGGACGAGCCCUUCCUCCAGACCACAGCACUGCAACAGAGAGUGCUUCACAUUGGUAAUUCUCUGGGUGUUGCAGAGGUGAAUCCAGAUGUGCUUGGGUUGCUUUCUCAUGCCACACAGGAAAGACUUCGUGAUCUGCUGGAAAAACUCACUGUUAUAGCACAUCAUCAUAACAUCUCUUACAGGGAUGACUGGCGGAACAUUCAGACCAGUGACACGCGCUCACAGCUGAAGUUCCUGGAGCAGCUGGAGAAAGUGGAGAAACAAAGGAGAGAAGAGGAGGAGAGGGAAACCCUGUUGCGCUUCGCUAAGAGUCGCUCAAGCAUUGAUGACCCCGAGCAGCUUAGGCUCAAACAGAGAGCGAAAGAGAUGCAGCAGCUGGACCUAGCUCAGAUGGAGCACAGAGACGCUAACCUGGCAGCACUGGCGGCUCUCGGGCCUCGUAAGAGGAAACCUCUGGAGUCUUGGGGCUCUGGGACUAACAAGGUUCUGGGUUUACGUGCACAGAGAACUGCUCAAAGGGUCCCAACACGUGUGACUUUCAGAGAUCUGAUCUUCUGCAUGGAACAGGACCGUGCACUUCGACGCUCCCUUACACUCUACCAUGCUUUCUUACGGUAGAAAUUCUUCCAUUUAGUUCCAAAAUAACCUUUUACAUGGCUUAUAUAGAGGACUAAUUAUUACGUUUUACUUUAAAGACCAUGUCAUUUCUUUGUUUCCUUCUAUUUAGAUCAUAUUAGUGUUCAGUUGUUUUCAAAAUCCUUAUUUUGACCCUUGCAAAUACUGAUUGAAAUAUUUUGGAUCCUGAUAUUAUUAAAACACUUCAGCAUUGCACUUUGUGUUGUGUUUGUGUGGAGAAUGAUGGCGGGGAUUGGCUUUGUUUGAGGAAAAUUUACUAAUUUAUUAAAGCAACUUCAUUAGUUUCCCAAAAUAAUAUUGUGGCUUCCUGCUUAUACAACUGUACUGUUAUUUUAAUUAAAUACUUUAACAACAUUUUUUAAUUAUAAUGCAAUUUAGUAAAUGAAUGAGGAGUCAGUGAUGGAGUUUUGGAACAAGCUUGAGGGCAUCCCCUACAGCACCAAGCCUGUGCAGAACAGGAUACUGCCUCAGGAGCUGGGAUCAACCAAUCAGAGUAGGGCACUGCCGCAGGCAAUCAGACUGACAAAUCAGGGUAUGAUACAGCCUCAGGGGUUAGGGACAACCAAUCAGAAAGGGAUGUUACUUCAGACCCUAGAGCUGACCAACAGGAACUACACAUAGCCAUAGGGCCAAGAGAAGAGCAACCAGAACAUCAUCACCGGAGGAAAACACCCGAGAGGAAAAAUCACCUCACAACUCCCAGCCAAACAACACUGUCUAAAACUUAGUGAACAGUAUUUAAUGACAGUUUUUUCAUUCAUGAAUACAAUACUAUUCAGAUUCCUCUUUGAUACUGAGGAUAAGAACAGGAACUCAUUUAAACUACACCAGGAUAGUACUACCUAAUGCUGAUAUAAAUAGAAAAAUGGAAAAGAAACAAGCUUAUAUUAUUACAAGGAGAGGAGAACAGUUUGAAAGAAGCACCAUGUCUGACUUUGGCUGCAGGAUCUUAAAGCUUUCUUGAGACCCAGAAGUCUGGUUAUUCUAUUACCUCUUAAUAAGCAGAUCUGUCAC